AAAAAAAGACCUGUGUAAAAGGAAACCGAUAGGCAGCAGGGUGUUCCCAGUUGCAUUUGCACUUGCAACGAGUGUCCAAUUGCCGCUUGGAUCGUAUUCUCAUGUAGGAUUAUUGAACAUUUCUGCGAAAUGCGAUGCUUGCAUGUGGCAGUACAUCGAAUAUCGGGGGCCGUGAUAACGUAGUAUAGAGUACUAUAAAGGGACCAACAAACCAGGCGGCCAGCCAUCGAGGGCUUUUCACUCGUUACAGCAACAGUUCUAGAGGCGAAAAUGAAGUUUACAGUAAUUGUAAUGGGGCUCAUGCUCAUCCCAUUUGGAAAAUCCCUGGUGCACUAUAUGAAGCUGGAACCAGGCGCAGACGGUGGCUGCAAGGGCACAAGCGGGGACUUGAAAGUGGGCGAAUCGGAGAAGGACCCCCUUGUGUGCGGCUCCAUCCACUGUACGAACGAUGCUGGCGACGCCUUCGUCCACUAUUGUCAAAUACCAGUUCCAUUCGCACUGUGCCCUGGAAGAGGCGUGACCACAGAAAUCGAGUUUCCCGACUGUUGUUGGAUCUGCACCACCUACAAGAACUGCUGAUUAGCGGACCACAUGAGCAGCGGGUGCUUUGCCAAUCAUUUAAUUCAGCUAUCUUUCCAAAAGGGUUCCAACUCUCUAGCCGAAAAAUGUGCCCAUCGGGAACGAAAAAUACAAAUGGAAAAGGAGAUGCACGCAAUAAAAGAACAAUUAUAAACCAGA